UUGUACUAUACCGUACACUUGUUUGCAGGUUUCGAAUGCGCGACGUGCGGGAAAAAGUACAGGCAAAGUUGCUCGUUGGGGCGGCACAUAAAGUACGAAUGCCAAAAAAAGCCGAGGUUCAAGUGCAUUUAUUGUCCGUACAUGUCCAAACACAAACCGCCCGUGAUGAGACACAUGGCGGUGAAACACAACCACCCGAUUGCACCGGGAGAUCAACCUGAGAAGAAGUUCGUUUGUAACGUGUGCGGUAAAGGUUACACUCUGAAGAGAAACUUGAAGUACCACAAGAAAUACCGGUGCUCGAACAAAGUCGUCUUCAGUUGCAAGUUGUGCAAGCACACCUGCUCGUCCAGGUACAAAGUCCGGGGCCAUUUAAAGCUCUGCCACGACAUGGACGUCAGCUACAAGGACACCAAGCACUACAUGGACCUCGAAUCGUUCGGUGGUUACAUUUGGUUCGAUCCGCCCGAGUACAAUUGCCCGGACUGCUUCAAAAUCUACGCGAAAAAAUCGACGUUGGCCAGGCACAUCAAGUACGAGUGCUGCCAACUGCCGAGGUUCGGGUGCACCAUGUGCUCCUACAGGGGCUACCAGAAGACGCACGUCGAGCGCCAUCUGUCGCGCAGGCACGACGUGCAGGACAAAUUCGAGAUACGCAAGAAGAUACUCAAGUACAAGUGCAGUUUGUGCGGCAAAGCGUACAAAAAUCACAAGAGUUUAGUGAGGCAUUUGACGCACGAAUGCCAAAAGGAACCGACCGAAGAAUGCCGGCUCUGCGGCCACAGGACGAUCUACAAAAGCGCUCUAAAGAAACACAUGCUGAGCAAACACUCCGCCGACGUCCUUGGUCUUCAUUCGCAACGUGAGCUGUGUUAUGUUUGCGCCAACUCAGAACGGUUCGGUGACUUGUUUGUAAGAAUAUAUUUUUUUGUAGACGAAACCGCCGAGGAGGCCAUCAGGAACCUGCUGACCGGCGUGGAGAGGAAGUACCAAUGCACCAAGUGCCUUAGACGGUACAAAAAUUCGUACAUCUUGAAACGGCACGUGGAACUCGAGUGCGGAAUCGAACCGAAGUUCCAGUGCACUCUGUGCGGUCACAAGAGCAAACGAAAGCACAAGUGCGAAAAGUGCGGCAGGAGUUAUUUGCACAGGCAAACGUUGAAACGGCACGUUUUGUACGAGUGCGGAAUAAAGCCGUCGAUGAGCUGUUACCGCAUCGAGUGCUCGAUUUGCGGCCGCUUCUACAAGAACGCCAAGAACCUGCGGCAGCACUUGCGCUACGAGUGCCAGAAAGAGCCCCAAUUCGCCUGCUCCUACUGCCCCUACAAGGCCAAGCUCAAGAGCAACCUGAACAAGCACCAAAUCCGGUGCAGCGCCUUCAGGAGCCUCUAUAGCUCCUGA